CAGGGUGUUCGUGCGCGUUGUCUCCACCCUCUCCGCCUUCUACAACUUCACGUACUCGCCGCACUACGUGUGCGGGGACCGCGGCAUAGCUGGCGUGUUGCGAGACCUCGUAGACUCCACCUACGACGUGUCGUGUAACGUCAUCAAGGUGCCGGAGCGAGGGCGAAGCGUCAGCUUCCUAGAGACGGUCAUCUACAGCGACACCGUGUUCAUCGUCCGCGCCCCGCCGGCCGUCGUCGAGACUCUCAGCGUGUUCUCGCCGUUCAGCGAUGCAGUCUGGGCAAUGUUCUUCGCUUACGGCGUCGUCAACACCCUGCUGCUGUCCGCGCUGCACCGCCGCCACCGACUAUCCCUGCCGGGCCCCAUCGCAUCCCCGCCGGGCCCCAUCGCAUCCCUGCCAGGUUCCAUCGCAUCCCCGCCAGGCCCAAUUGCAUCCCCGCCGGGCCCCAUCGCAUCCCCGCCAGGCUCCAUCGCAUCCCCGCCGGGCUCGAUCGCAUCCCCGCCAGGCUCCAUCGCAUCCCCGCCGGGCUCGAUCGCAUCCCUGCCGGGCCCCAUCGCAUCCCUGCAGGGUUCCGUCACAUCCUUGCCGGGUCCCGCCUCCCCACCGGCUCCCACCUCCCCACCGCCUCCCGCCACCCUACCGGCUCCUGUCUUCCCACCGGCUCCCACCUCCCCACCGGCUCCCGAUUCCCCGCCAGCUACCACCUUCCCAUCGGGUCUCUCCUCCCCGCUGGGUCCCAGCUCCCCCUUACGGGGUCCCCCUGCCUCUCCUUCAGCUCCCACCUAUCUACCGGAUCACUCAUCCCCGCCAGCUCCCACCUCCCCGCCGGGCCCCACCUCCCUGCCAACUCCCGCGUCCUCGCCGGGCACCGCCUCCCCUCUCGUCAGCUACUUCUCGAUGUACGUGAUCGGCACGCUCGCGAAUCAGGGCGGCACGUACAACCCGGUGCACGCGGCGGCGCGCCUGCUGCACACCUCCUGGUGGCUGUUUGUCAUUGUCAUGCUGGGUCUCUACACUGGCACCCUCGUCAGCUUCCUCUCCGUGCGAACCACCAUCGCGUACCCGUUCACGAACCUGCGCGAGGCUGCAGAGGGCGCCGUCGUGCCCGUCGUGUGGCGCGGCUACGCGAUAGAGAGCCUCCUGCGGGACAGCCCCCCGCAGUCGGACUUCGGCCGGCUGUGGGCGAAGGUGAGCGCUGACCCGCGGGCGACCAUCGAACACGAGGAGCAGUUCGCGGAGCGGCUUAUGUCGGGAGACUACGCUUACAUCGUCAACGACUGGUCCGGAAGCUCCCUCGUCGAGCAGGACUACCGGCAGACGGGCCGCUGCCGCCUCAGCAUCAUCCCCGUAGACUACAACGUGAGAAUCAGCUGCGUGGUCGCCCCCGAGAGUCCCCACAAGGAGGCGCUGAACCGCGGGAUCCGCGCGCUGAGCGACAGCGGCCUCCUGGCAAUGUGGCAGCGGCAGGCGAUGUCGAGGGUCAGUGCGUGCGCGCCUCGCGCCAUCGCCGACGUCGUUGAUAACAAGCUGAGUCUGUCUCACCUGCGCAACAUCUUCAGGUUCCUGCUGGAAGGCGUCAUCGCAGGGCUGCUGGCGCUGAUGGGCGAGCGCGCGGCGCAGUGUCUCAUACACAGACUACAGAGGAGACGCCUGGCUGUGUACGCCCCUAACGUAGGCGUCUGAUGAUGCUGCUGCUGCUGGGAGGAGGGAUGGAGAGAGAGAUGAGGGGGCGGCGGCUAUGUGUGUAUCACUGACGUGUGUGUGAACGAAGCUGCAGGUGCGGUGGUGGCGAUGUGCACUCUUUUUAAUUGAACGUUGUAGUAUUCGUUUGGGCUAGCGAUUCAAUUAUAGCUUGUGUGUACACAGUGUGUUUUAUUUCUCGACCUGUAGCUCUCACUGCAAAAAUAAAAAAUGUUGCUAUUCAAUGACUGCCUGUUGUUGAUUCUGCUGCCUAUUACUUUGCUAUUCUGCUGCAUGCUCAUCCAUCAAACAUCUAUCCAUCUGUCACUCCACCCAGCCACCCAGCCAUCCAUUCAACCAUACAACCACCCAUCCAUCCUUCUAUUCAUCCAUUCAACCAUAGAACCACUCAUCCAUCCUUCUAUUCCAAAUCC